ACUCGACAUGUAGCUGUAUUCAUUUAAUAAUGUAAUUUUCUCGAAAUCUAAAGGAACUUCCAAGAUUCGAGCAAAUGCCUUAACUAGUUGAACAUGUUAUUUCUCCAACCUCGUGCAAAUUAAAAACUGACAAGUUUUCAUUUUCGUUUUUUUAAUUAAUCAUUUGAUUUGACGGCCUGAAUAUGCGUAGUUCGAAUGUGCGUAGUUCUGCGCAUAAGCUUAGCUUGCCACCUAUUUCUCCUGGAGAAGCAGUUUCUGCCUCUCUUCAUACAGUAUUGUUUUUGGUUUAAAAAAGUCAGCGAAUGUUUGCGUAAUACUUUACGUGAGACAGUGAACGUGAUUACGUCGGUCAGGCUUUGCGUGGUUGUUGUACAAGCAUGAGGCGCAUACCCAGUUGCAGUACAUUGAAGAAAAUCAGUGAAAUUGGUCAAUACUUUCAUCCCCGUGCCUCUUUGACAGCUUGCUGUCGAGCCUUAUUUUCUCGUUCCUUUUGCACGAAAUCUACGAGUGAUUCUACAGCCAUGGAUCUCAGUGGCAUGCGGAAAAAAUACAAAGGAGACGAAGAGUGCUUUGAGGAGAAUCAGCUCGUGUCUCUGGACCCCAUCAAGCAGUUUGGAGAUUGGUUUGAUCAAGCCACAAAAUGUCCUGAAAUUGGAGAGCCCAAUGCAAUGUGCAUCGCCACAUCCACUAGAGAAGGACGUCCAUCUGCUCGUAUGGUCUUGUUAAAAGGCUACAGCGAUGAAGGCUUCUGCUUCUUUACCAACUACGAGAGCCGGAAAGGUGGAGAGCUGGAGAGCAACCCUUACGCAUGUCUGUGUUUUUACUGGGAGCCCAUCAACAGGCAGAUCCGUAUCGAGGGCAAUGUGGAGAGAAUCCCCUACCAGAGCUCCUGUGACUACUUCCACUCCCGGCCCAAGAGUAGCCAGAUCGGGGCCAUUGUGAGCAGACAAAGCACUGCCGUCCCUGACAGAAAUUACCUGAGACAGAAAAAUGUGGAGCUGGAGGAAAAGUACAAGGACACAGAUGUCCCAAUGCCUGACUAUUGGGGAGGCUAUAUCGUCAAGCCUUACAUGAUAGAGUUCUGGCAGGGUCAGACCAACAGGCUACAUGACCGUAUUGUUUUCACACGGCCGAAACAUGGAGAGAGUGUUCUAGAAGAGCAUCAACAUCAUGCUGAGGCGGGCUGGGUGUACCAGAGGCUAUCCCCUUGACAAGGACGGUUAGGGGAAAUGGACGAAAGAGCAGGCUGGAGAUUGGGGCUAGCGUACAACUCACUCAUGAUGUCAACAUCAUCAAUCAAACCACCAUUAUUUCAAUACAUGAGGAACAUUUUGAUGUUGAAUAACUAAGUGCUAUAUGAUGUGUAUCUUAUUAAGCCAUAAUUUGCUGUUCUGUUCAAUUGGUAUUGUUUUAUACCAAAUAAAGGAGACAUUUUCUGGUUGGUUA